AGCGGGUUUGUGUGCAUGUCGCCGGAGAAUGGCCGAUGCUGAGAUUCUGCGUCUUUACGAACCAGAAACCGCUUCAUGAUCAGUGAGAACUUCACGUAAAGUACCCGGAAGUUUCUGUUUUACGUUAAAUAACCUAACCGCUGGAUACGUCGGCCGGGUGAGCGCGGGAAGCGCGAGGACAUGUACCGAGGCCGGCCUCCGCCGAGAGGAGGCUACCCGCCGCCCUUUGAAGGCCGGGGACCGAGGCCGCAACCGGGUCCGGGGGGCUACAGGGACGACAGGACCCGGCCCAGGCCCCCGUACCACCCCGGGUACCACGACCACGGGCCCCCGCCGGACCCGUACCGCCGCUCCCCGCCGCGCCGGAGGUACCCUUCCCCCGGCUCCGGGAGCCACCGAGCCGGGGAGUUCUGGGCUGGGGGUCCGCCGAGAGAGCAGAGGUCUCCGUCUCCUCGGGGUUUGCCUCCCAUCGACCACAACCUGGUCAUCACCGUCGGCAACGAGCUGAUUGGACCAUCUGGCUCCGCCCCCUCCCGCCACCAAGACAGAGACUACCCUCCGCGGCCCGAGUACGAGAGGAGCCGGAGCCGACCCCAGAGCCGGAGUCCGGACCGGAGCCGAGCCAAGAGUCUGGGCCGCAGCAAGAGCCAGCUGAGGAGCAAGAGCCGGGGGCGGAGCCAGAGCCGCAGUCUGGACCGGGGCCGGAGCCAGAGCCGCAGUCCGGACCGGAGCCGGGCCAAGAGCCGGGGGCGGAGCAGGAGUCGUAGUCCGGGCCGGGGCCGGGCCAAGAGCCGGGGACGGAGCAGGAGUCGUAGUCCGGACCGGAGCCGGGCCAAGAGCCGGGGGCGGAGCAGGAGUCGAAGUCCGGACCGGAGCCGGGCCAAGAGCCGGGGGCGGAGCAGGAGUCAAAGUCCGGACCGGAGCCGGGCCAAGAGCCGGGGGCGGAGCAAGAGCCGCCCUCAAAGCAGAUCCAGGUCCCGGUCCAGGUCCAGGGGGCGGAGCUACAGCCGGGCGGCGAGCCGCGGGCGCAGUAAGAGCCGUCCGAGGAGCCGCAGCUCCAGCAGCAGCUCGUCCUCCAGCAGCGGCAGCCGGAGCGAGGAGAAACCUCCGCAGGAGUUCAGGGAGCUGCAGACGGCGCGGCGCCGGAAGGAGCUGGAGGAGAUGCUGGGCCAGCCCACCAAGUCCAUCCUGAAGAGACGCAACGACUCGGAGGACUCGCCGUCCCUCAAGAGCUGUGAGUCCCCCCGAGGUCCCGAUGGUUCGGGCCUGUCCCGCGUGGCGGAGCAGCUGCUGCAGGCGGUGAAGGGCAUGGAGCCCCACGCCGUGGCGGCCAUGCUGUCUGAGCUGCGUGCCGACCCCCAGAUGGCUCACCGCGCCGGCCUGGACGCCGAGAUCAAAGAGAUCCUGCACCUGCUGGGCGCCCCCCCCACGGCGGCGGAGAGGCCCGCCGACGACAUCGACGACGAGGAGAAGUUCCUGUACGGAGACGCAGACGAACCCAAAGCGGCGCCGGCGCCGGAGCCCGUCCGCCUGGACCUGUACGGAGACGUGACGGAGGAGGCGCUGUAUGCAGACUACCCCCCCCAGAUGUACGGGCCCCCGCCCGGCGCCGCCCCGCCCCAGCAGGCCCCGCCCACUAAGGCACAGGUGGACGUCCGGUACGCGAGCCCAGACCAGGUCCCGGCGGCGGUGGGGGGGGGCGUUGUCGUCCCCCCGGGGACGGAGCCGCUGGCGGACGGCGAGCGCCAGGCGCUGGAGGAGUACGAGAAGAUCCAGGACCUGCUGAAGACCAUCGGCCUGGACCUGGGCGUCUCCGAGAUCAGCAAGAUGGCCGCCCGCACCAAAGAGCGUCUCCAUGGGAACAAGCCCCCACCUAAGACGCCCACGCGGCGCCGGCGCUACUCGUCCGGCAGCUCGGGGGGGGGGCGGCAACGCAAGAGGCGGAGCCACAGCUCCAGCAGCAGCAGCAGCAGCCGUAGCUGGAGCAGUGAGGCCGGCGGGCGCCACACCAAGACAUCAGCGCUGCCUAAAUCUCACAGAGAGGCGAACAGCGAGCAGAGCGCCGCCGUCGCUCCACAGCCGCCGCACGAAGAGCCGCUGGUUCAACCCCCGGACGCCACCGUGCUGCCGCCGCACGCCGGCGUGCCCAUCCCCACCUAUCCCCCCUCACAGGUGCACCCGGGCAUGCUGGCGCCCAGUUUCCCCCCCCCGGGGUACAGCCAGUACGGGAACUACCUGCCCUACAUGCACCAGCAGUGGCCGCCCAUGUACCCGCCCCCCAGCAUAGCCCUGCCCCCCCACAGCCCCGAGGACUUCCCCCCCGCCCUGCCCUACAAACACCCGUACAACAAGAUGGCCGCCGCCGAGCCCGGCGCCAAAG